CAAAUAUACCAAACGCAAACAACAUGUGUUUCAAAUUCUAAUUUCGAAAUUUAUUAAAAAAACGAGAUAAGAAGAAAUUAAGGAGAACAUAAGUUUAUUAUAAUACUAAAACAAAUAACUAUUUUAGUAUAAAAGUUACAAAUUUUGACAAAUUCAUAACACUCGCGAAUAUGACAACAAACGGUAUUCUUUUUAUUUUCGCUGUGACAGUUCUGUUUGUAAGUUCGAAUGGAUUCCCAUCCGAAUCUGACUAUUCGAACAAUCAAAAUUCCCGUUGGCGGCCAAAUCCGAAAUCGCUGUGGAAUUUCAACGUGGUUGUGGAUGAUCAGCAUUUGGAGCCAAAUGAAGGAGUUUAUAUAUCGGGCGAUGCUGAGUCCCUGGGGGCAUGGUCCCCGAAUGGAGCUCUCGCGCUAAGCAAGACUGAUUCGAAUUCGAAUAAGUGGUCGGGAUGUGCUAAAUUUCCAGCUAAUUCUGUAAUAAACUAUCGAUACUUUAUUGGAGUAGUGGAUUCGAUGGGAGAUGUACAGAUUCGUGACUGGGAAACUAAUGUGGAUGGUAGGACUUUGAAUUUGGGAGCGAAGAACGCCGCCGGAACCACGGAUAGAUUUGGUGUUAUCAAAGAUCGAAAAGAAGUCAGUCGGGGCUGGCUGAACAAUGGGUACAUUUUGCAGUUCAAACUCUUCCGAAAUCCUAUUACGCUGGAAAACUUUGAUGAGAGUAGUAGAAUUUACGUCAAAGUAACCCCUGUGAACUACGACUGGAGCGAUGAGAAGAAACUUCUUGAACCUAUUCAAAUCUCAAGCAGGGCAAAUGUCGAAUACAUUCGUAUGGAGUAUGGAAACAGUAAAAUUCGUGAUCAACCCAAGAGAGGCGUUCCCUAUGAUAGAGAUGAUAUUGUGUUGUUCCACAUUACAACCAAUGAUCUGAAGAAUGUUGCCUACAAAUUCACCCUGUACGAGCAAGACGACAGAGACCCUGAAAUAAUGCAGAUUGUCGGUUAUCAAUACCUCUAUCCUGAGACUAUUGAUGGAUCAGAAGGUAGCACUGAACUGGAUCUAAUGUCAAAGGAUGAAAUAAGUUCUGUUGGGUUAAUCAAAGUUGGCUAUUUGUUAGUAAAACCCAUAUCUUCAAACAAAGUUAAUUUGAGAACAACAUUUGCUCAUUAUUGGCGAGACGAAUGGACCGCGCUGGACGCAGGUCAUCGUGGACUUGGAAAUAGUCUUGAACUUAUCGAAAAUGCAGCACCAGUUAUAGAGAAUACAGUUGAAUCCAUGAAGCAAUCUGUUAUCGAAAAUGCUGACAUGGUCGAAUUUGAUGUCCAACUGACAAAAGAUCUCAUUCCAAUUAUCUACCAUGAUUAUGUUAUUUUGGUUUCCAAAACUGGACAGAAACCGAAAAGCAAAGCUGACCUCAAAGAGUUGCUAAUCAAAGAUCUAACAUACGAGGAACUUAAAAACCUCGUCACUUAUCAGGUGGUCGGUUCGAAGAUCAUCGAAUAUCGCUCACACAACAUGGAGUCCCGAAAAGAUUACCGAUUGUUCCCACUUUUCGAACAAUUUUUAACAGAAGUAGAUCAUGACAUUUCUUUCGAUAUCGAAAUAAAAUGGCCACAAAUGCUUUAUAGCGGCGAAAUGGAAAGCACCCAAACUAUAGACAAAAAUCUAUACGUUGAUCGAAUUCUAGACGUGAUGUUACAUCAAGGUUGCGGUCGCUUAAGUUUCUUCUCAAGCCUCGAUGCUGAUAUUUGCACAUUGCUGCAAUUUAAACAGAACAUGUAUCCAGUGAUGUUUUUGGGACCGGCUAAGCCUAAAUUCUAUGAAGAUCCACGUUCGGAUAAUCUCGAAGAAACCAUCAAUAAUGCUCAAGCCAUGGGAAUGCUUGGAAUUGUUCCACACACGUCGAAUUUCCUCACCGACGGUAGUCGAUUGGAUUUGGCAACUGACUUGGGUUUGAAGACAUUCAUUUGGGGUGAUGAUAGUAAUAGUACGGAAAGGGUAGACUAUUUCAAGAGUUUGGGAGCGACUGGAGUGAUUUACGAUAGAAUCGAUAAGUUAAUACGUAAGGAAAAGAGGAGUGUAUUCGCUGAGGAGCAGGACUUGCCGGAAUAUUUUGACAAACAGUGUUCAUAGAGACAAUUACAAAGAAGCUAUUACAGUAUGAGAUACGUUCAAUUUUCUAACCUUGAAAACGGUUGUUUUCGAAAUAAAAACAAAAUCAAUAUUUUUAAUUGUUUGUAUUGAACUUAUUUAAAAAAAAGUUGAUUAAAAAUCAGUCGUGCAAGAUUUUUUCCAGCUCAAAGUGAUCGCCUGUCCCAAUGUGCGGCGCUUGAAUUAUAAUAGCAACAAAACGACAAUGACCAGAAAGCUCUACUUUGUACUUAAACAUCCCCCCUCAGAGCGGAAUCUAUUUUGUUUCCAAUUCUUUUUAUUUUUGUAAUGUUUUUUGCGCUAGCAUCAUAAUAGCUCGAGAACGCUUAUCAAAGAAGGCAUUUCGCGAUCGUCUGUCACGGUGAGCUGAGCAUAAUCUCGAGACCAUAUUUUUAUUUAUUUAAUUUGUUUUGUUUUGUUUUUUAACACCGGACUGUAUAUUUCACGGUGUUCUCGAUUUGGAUCACUUGUUAUCGAAAUAGAAAAAUAGCAAACAAAUAAAUAUAAAAAUGGCAAUCAAUUAUUACAAAAAGGUAUCAAAAGAGUUUUUGUGUGAAUACAAAUAAACAUAAAUCUUAAUUUUU